UGUGCACACACGUAUGUGGCCUGUAUGGCAUUUUUUUGCUUAGAAGUUAAAGAUACAGUUCAUCAGCAAACAAACAACAUUUUCUGUACUCUAAUCAACACAAUAACUGCCAGUCCCCUUUUUUAAUUCUUGCUGGAUUUUUUUUUAUUAUUAUUCUUUUUUUUCUGGAAAAUAGAACUUUGCUUUAUCUCUUAUUUAAAUGGGUGACUGUAUUACCAUAAAGAAAAAGCACCUACAAAAACCGAUAUUUAGAUUGCGAUGUUUGGUGAAACAGCUUGAGAAGGGCGAUAUUAAUGUGACUGACCUAAAGAAUAACAUUGAAUAUGCUGCAUCGGUGUUGGAAGCUGUGUACAUUGAUGAAACCAGGCGACUGCUGGACACAGAGGAUGAGCUAUCUGAUAUUCAUACUGAUUCGGUUCCAUUAGAAGUCAGAGAAUGGCUGGCCUCUACUUUCACAAGGAAAAUGGGAACAAGAAUAAGACGACCCGAAGAAAAACCAAAGUUCCGAAGUAUUGUGCAUGCCGUCCAAGCUGGAAUAUUUGUUGAAAGGAUGUACAGGAGGUCAUCCACAAUUGCUGGGCUUACCUAUCCUUCAGCAGUGAUACAAGCUUUAAAGGAUGUAGACCACUGGUCCUUCGAUGUAUUUUCAUUGAGCGAUGCAAGUGGAGACCAUGCCCUUAAAUUUAUGGUCUAUGAACUGUUUACCAGAUAUGAUCUUAUUAAUCGUUUUAAGAUUCCUGUUUCAAGCCUUGCGUCAUAUGUGGAUGCUUUGGAAGUUGGUUAUAACAAAUAUAAAAAUCCGUACCACAAUUUAGUUCAUGCCGCAGAUGUUACCCAAACUGUGCACUACAUUAUUCUUCAUACGGGUAUCAUGCACUGGCUCUCAGAACUGGAAAUUCUGGCAAUUAUCUUUGCAGCUGCUAUCCAUGACUAUGAGCACAAUGGGACUACAAACAACUUCCAUAUACAGACAAGAUCUGAAGUUGCAAUAUUGUACAAUGAUCGUUCUGUUCUUGAAAACCAUCAUGUUAGUGCGGCUUAUCGCAUUAUGCAAGAUGAUGAAAUGAAUAUUUUUGCAAAUUUGUCCAAAGAUGAUUGGAGAGAUCUAAGAACACUUGUGAUAGAGAUGGUUUUAUCUACAGAUAUGUCUUGCCACUUCCAACAGAUAAAAAUGAUGAGAAAUACCUUACAGCAACCAGAAGGGAUAGACAAAUCGAAAGCCAUGUCUUUGAUCCUUCAUGCUGCAGAUAUAAGUCAUCCUGCUAAAUCCUGGGAAAUGCAUCAACGUUGGACAAAUCUUCUUAUGGAGGAAUUUUUUCAGCAGGGAGACAAAGAGGCUUCAUUAGGGCUUCCAUUCUCACCACUUUGUGAUAGAAAAUCAACAAUGGUAGCACAAUCUCAAAUAGGUUUUAUUGACUUCAUAGUGGAGCCAACAUUUAUGCUUCUUACGGAUUCAACUGAGAAAAUUGUUACUCCUCUAUAGAGGAAUCUGCAAAAUCAAUCCUUGUCUGUUGGAAACAACCAGACAUAAUCAUUUGGAAAUGCCUCAUGAUGUACAAAGAAAAAUACCAGUACGACAUUAUCUACAGAAACAGGUUCUGCAACAGAUUAUUCGUUAGCUUCUGUCGACCUUCAGAGUUUUAAGCAAAAUUUGGUCCAAAACAUUCAACA